AUGAAGUAUCUUGAGUCAUGUGUGAAGACAAGGUACAUUCUCAGAGGUCAAUUGGCAAAAAUUGCACCGUUGGCAAAUGUCAAUAUCCGAGUCAACAUACCUACAGCUAAAGGUUCUUCACAUGACGACUAUGUUGUUGAGUUCAAUUUACCAUGGUUGAAGAUUGUAAUUGUCCACAACCACUUCAUGUUGAACGAAAGUCUUACAAACCCAUUGUUCGGAAAAGGCAAGUGCAACAUUGUCAGAGCUGUAAACAUUCUUUUCGAGAAAGGUUUGUUGGAACCAAUUCCAGAUGACAAGCUGACAGAAACUUUUGUACCAAAAGACGAAACAAACUUUUCACUGUUAGCAAGACCAAAAGUUGUUCCAGACAAAGUUCUAGUACAAAAGAAGUACACAAUUCCAAAAGGAGUUGGAUUGUUCGGAUACCAACCUGAACCAGAAGAACUUCCAAUGAGGUUGCAAGAACUUCAAGAUGCUAUAAACAAACUUCCAUUGAGACAUCCAAUUGACGUCAAAUUGUAUUGGAGAGCAUCUGAGUUAGGUCAGAAGGUUUUAUAUGAAACAGGUUGCUUCGACGAUGUUUAUGAGAUAACAGGAGAAGUUUCUCAGAAGAUAAGAGACUCACUUGAAUUUCCACAAACUGGACCAAUUGGUUGCGACAAGUUCGACUCAGAUGAAAAGAUAUACUAUGUCGACCUUAACGCUGCAUACAUGAGGUUUGUCCAAUAUAUUCCGACUGGAAUUCCAAACGAAGAUGGUGAGUUCCCGGGAAGGAACUAUACAGUUGGAAAAGUCAUACAACAACUGUAUGAUAUUAGGAAAGCUUCAAACCCCAAACUUGCAAUGACACUCAAAUUGCUUAUGAAUUCGACAUGGGGAUAUUCCAUUAAGAAACCUCAAGAGAUGAAGAGUAAACAUUAUGAGAAGGUCGACAACUUUGUUGAAAGGUUUUCUCCUUUUGUUUUGAAGUACGAAUUCACUCAAGGUCAAAGUGGCUUAGUAACCACAUUAAAACCUAUUGUCGAACAUUGGUCUUACCCUCAGUUCGC